AUGUUCGGAGCUACAGCACCGGGGACUUCGUCUGGACUGUUCGGGUCUUCCUCUUCGGCCUCUUCCUCAUCUCUUUUCGGUGGAGGAGGUUCCUCCCUAUUUGGUGGGGGCGCCUCUUCGUCUACGUCUCUCUUUGGCGCAGCUUCGGCGGGUAAACCUUCAGCUUCAGGCGGCCUCUUCGGUAGUACUUCUCUCGGCUCGUCUUCGGGGUCCUCUGCACUCUUCGGCGGUGCCGGCAGCGCGGCGAUGCCACAGCCCGCGUCCUCUGGGGGCCUCUUCGGCAGUUCCACAACUCAUGCUUCCGCCUCCUCUUCCCUCGUUCCAGGGGGAAGUGCCGCUGCUUCCGCGAAUGCUGUGACUGGUCUCUUCGGAGCAGGGUCCUCGACCCUGAGCCCCUUCGGCUCCGGCGCGGCGACAGACAAACCGGCAGGUUCUGGCGGUCUCUUUGGCACAUCUGCGGAUUCAUCGUCUCAAGAGGCAUCUUCAAAGAAUAUCUUUGGGACCGGAGCUCCUUUCUCAUCUCCGUUUGGCGGAGCUUCAGGUUCCAGUGCGCCUGCGGGCUCAAGAGGACUUUUCGGGACUGCGGCUACUUCGUCAUCCUCCUCCUCAUCGUCCGCCUCCCUCUGUGGCGGAAGCGGGAGCGUUGCCGCGGAGAAACCCGCUUCGGGAGGCUUGUAUGGGAGCUCUGACGCUCCAUUCAAUCUCUUCUCAGGUGGAAAUACCGCAAGUUCAGCCACCUCUGGCACCGGGCUCUUCGGCGCGGCGGCGUCUGCGCCGGCCGCUUCCUCGUCGUCCUCGUCUUCGCUUUUUGGAGCAGGCGCGCAUGCGGACAAGUCAGCAGCGCCUGGAGGACUCUUCGGCAAUUCGGCUUCUUCUUCGAGCAGUUCUUCUGGCGGCGGGCUCUUCGGCGCGGCGGCGUCUGCGCCGGCCGCUUCCUCGUCGUCCUCGUCUUCGCUUUUUGGAGCAGGCGCGCCUGCGGACAAGUCAGCAGCGCCUGGAGGACUCUUUGGCAAUUCGGCUUCUUCUUCGAGCAGUUCUUCUGGCGGCGGGCUCUUCGGCGCGGCGGCGUCUGCGCCGGCCGCUUCCUCGUCGUCCUCGUCUUCGCUUUUUGGAGCAGGCGCGCCUGCGGACAAGUCAGCAGCGCCUGGAGGACUCUUUGGCAAUUCGGCUUCUUCUUCGAGCAGUUCUUCUGGCGUCGGGCUCUUCGGCGCGGCGGCGUCUGCGCCGGCCGCUUCCUCGUCGUCCUCGUCUUCGCUUUUUGGAGCAGGCGCGCCUGCGGACAAGUCAGCAGCGCCUGGAGGACUCUUUGGCAAUUCGGCUUCUUGUUCGAGCAGUUCUUCUGGCGGCGGGCUCUUCGGCGCGGCGGCGUCUGCGCCGGCCGCUUCCUCGUCGUCCUCGUCUUCGCUUUUUGGAGCAGGCGCGCCUGCGGACAAGUCAGCAGCGCCUGGAGGACUCUUUGGCAAUUCGGCUUCUUCUUCGAGCAGUUCUUCUGGCGGCGGGCUCUUCGGCGCGGCGGCGUCUGCGCCGGCCGCUUCCUCGUCGUCCUCGUCUUCGCUUUUUGGAGCAGGCGCGCCUGCGGACAAGUCAGCAGCGCCUGGAGGACUCUUUGGCAAUUCGGCUUCUUCUUCGAGCAGUUCUUCUGGCGGCGGGCUCUUCGGCGCCGCGUCGUCGUCUGUUCUUUUCUGCGGCUCAAAUGAGAAGACGACGAGCCCUCCUGGGUCUGCCUCGCCUGCUGCGGCGUUUCCGUCUUCAACAAACACGCCCCCGCCAACUGGCAAAGAGUCAGGCGCGACUGCGGCGCCUAUCUUCAGUGGGUCAGCAGCGGAAGCGAAGGCGACGGAACCUGUGGCGUGCUCGUCCGCUCUCUGCGCUUCUUCGUCUCUGUUCGGGGCGACUGGAGCGCCCGUGGCCCCCCAGCCGGCGGCCGCGGCGUCGGCAUCUCUCGCGGGUUCUUCGCCGGAGAUUCGAAAGUGCCUCGUCAGCUACAUCCACCUUAAGUCCGUGCUUCUCUCACUGUCGCUUUCCGACUCGCCUGCACAUGUCCGCGAACUGUUCUCCUCUCCGCAGUUGCUACAGCGCUUCGCCUCGCUGCUGUCUCCCUUCGACCCCUCCAUCGACCGUGCACUCCCCCAAAACAUCUCCCCUGACCUGCAGGCGGCCAUCACGGCUGUGCGCACUCAGCUCGCGCGGAAGGCGUCACAGCAGCCGCGCGCGGCUUCCGCGACGGCGGCGCCGGAUGAACGCGACUGGGGGGUUGCGGUGCCCUCUGAGGCGAUGAUCUACGAGGCUCUAUCGGUCUACCUUCUGCGCAAGUUCAACAAGCAGCAACAGCUCCUCUCUCCGCGUCUGUCGGCGCCCUUCCUCCAGGAAGCCAUCGAUCCCGAAGACCCUGUGACGCUGCGCGAAAUUGAAGACAUUCUUGUCGGCGAACAGGUAGAUUUCUUCUGGUGCCUCGCGUUCAUCUUCCGGACGGCGUCCUCCUCGGCGCCUGCUCAGGAGGCAGGGGGCAAGGCUCCCGACAGGAGCGGCGCCGCGGAGAGCGCGAGCAAGAAGAAGGUUGAUGAUUCUGGCACAGAGCCUGACGAGCCCGCCGCUGCUGCAUCUCGCGCACCAUCGUCGCUUCAGAAGGCGUGCUUCCGAUUCGCCUGUCGCCUGGUGAGCGAGAAGAACAUUGAGGAAGGCUUGUACCGCGCCUAUGAGGAGUUGUCUCGGCGCGUUGAUGCACGCAAAGGCGCCUCGCAAUGCGGCGCCGGAGCGCCGGAGGGCGGGGGCGUCAAGAGGGAGGCCUCGGGGCGCGGCGCCUCUGCAGCGGAUGCGGCCGCUUCGCAGUGCCUUGCGGACGACCCCGGGCGCGUCAAGGCACUGGCGGCGACUCUGCGCAUUCAGAAGUCUUUGCUGCUCUGCUUCGUGGCUUUCUACCGCGCACGGAGUGUCUUGGAGGCGUGCCGCACCGGGGGGAAGGCGCCGAGCGAGAAAGGAGCGCAGAGUUUUUCAGCCGCGACGCUGCAUCGCCUGGCGUCGAUGGUCUCCGAUGACGCCUUCGUAGGGGCGCUCGCGGCCGGCAGCAGCGAAGACCGUCGCCUGCUGCAGAGUGCGCGCCUCCUCCUGGCGGGGCAAGAGGUCGCGGACGCCUCGGCCGUUUUGCUGGUUUCCGUCUACCCGUUUGCGCUCUUCUGCGGCGGCAGCGCGCCGGCGGGCCGUCGCGAAGAGAGCCAGACGCCAGGGGAGGAGACUCUCGCGCAGCUCGGCUCGGCUGAUCGCUUCGCUGCGCUCCACCGCGGUGUCAUGACACCGCUCUUGAACGCGUUCGAGAGCCAAGUCGGACGUGAAACCCGCGGCACUUCUGUGCAAGUUCUCGCGCUAGCUUCAAGCGUCGCUCUCGCUGGAGAUCCGCGCAGCGCCGGCGACAGCCUCGCAGACAGCCUGGCCGCGGACGGGGCUGAGGAGAGAAGCAGUGAAGGUACGGCGGCGUACCCCGACGCGCUAUAUGAGCAGUUCAUUGCGCACCCGAGUGUGACGCCGAUCGUCCUCUUUGCGCACGCCGCGGCUCUCGCGAUGCUGCGCGAACGGCGAAAGAAGACCUCGGCAGCGACAGCUGAGCGCGCGGCGAAGCCCCACACCGGAUGCCGCGAAACACAAGCUCCGUUUGUCUUGAGCGACGCGGAAGUCGAUGCGUUCCUCAACCCUCUUUUGCUCUGUGGAGGGCCGUCGUUUGCGGCGGCGCUGGAGGCCCUCGUGGUCGUGCGCGACGGCCUCAGGCAAGCGGGUUCAGCCGCCGCGGCUGCAGAUCCUCUGUUGAGCAUGCAGAGGGAGGUGCUUCUCGAGUUCUUGCAUGUGUUUCUUCUGUAUCUCCCCCUCCACCAUUUCCAGGGCUUCGAGCCCUUCAUUCAUGCUCUCGCCGGCCUCGUCGACAGCCCGGGGGUCGCCGAUGACCUCUGGCUCCUCUCGUCUCCGCGUCAGCGCUCGCUUUUGUUUUCUCCGUCUCCCUCCAACUCUGUCGUCUCGGCGGGAUUUGCUUCCCAGUCCGACGCGAGGGCGCUGGCCUCCAGGGAGGGCGACUUCGGCGUCGGCGGAGAGAGUCUCGCGUCGCGUGUCGCCGCGCCGGCGUGUGCGACGUGUGGAGUCUGGGGCGACUUCGUCGCUGGCCUUCAGCGAAACACGCAAAUGUCUCAGGAAGCGCUUCACGCGCGACUCGCGCAGCAGCCCCGCUACGGAGGGCUGUAUGUGGUAAUCGAACUCUUUCGAAGCGUCACGUUUCCCUUCGGCCUGCAUCUGCUUCUUCAGCUGGUCGCCGCGCUCGUUCCGCGUGCGUCGGCGUCGCGCGUCGUGGAAAGGAACCCGCAGGCAGACGAGGAGGAAGAAGAGGCUGAGGAAGAAGAGCCCGUCAUCGACGCGACUUCCCUCGCUGCCUUCCUCCUGUUCCUCACGGAGCCGCUGUCGAGCAUGCUUCUCCCCCCGCUGCCCGAGUUCUUCUUGCCGGCUCUGGCCCCCCCAGCUGCGGCCGUCGAAGCGCCAGCCCGACAGGAGACCCAUUCCCAGGGGGAAGGGGGACUGGGCGCGUCGCUCUCGCGCUCGCUGUCGUGCAACAGCCCGUCGCCCUUGCGGUGUACGUACACCUCAGUGGGUCCGGUGCCGCUGGAGCUGUGUCUAGGCACGAUGCUGGGUUUCCAGGAGCCCGUGGAGGCGGGUCGCGGGGAGGGCGAGGACGGCGACGACGCGCGGGCGGGGUUCUUCGACGCGUCCUCCGUCAGUGGCGGCGCGGCCUUCUGGUCGCUGCUGCCUCCCGGCGUGGCUGCGCAGCCGCAAGGCCUUCCCGUCUGGCGCCUGAUGAACGCCGCAGCCUUCGCGUGCGCGUCCACCGCGGCUGCGGCCCGCGAGAGCGCCGCGCAGGAGCAGGAGGCGCGCAGCGCGCGCGCGAAAGCAUCUGUCGCGGGCGCGCCCUGCCUGCCGCGCUACGAGGGAGAAGGCUGGUGGGCGCAGUACGCGGAUGGCACUAGCGCGGUGCCUGCGCUGCGCCGUGUGGGCGCGAAGCUUGAGGAAGAACAACUGUCGCGCUUCGGCAGCGCGGCUUCGUGCGCGUCAGCUUACUCCUGCGGAACGGCCUCUUCUUCCUCUUCUUUCGUGGUCGAAGAGGAGGCCGACGACCCAGACGCUGCCAUGCUUCUCUACGCGCUGCGCGUGCCCCUUUCGGCACGGGGCCGUGGAGGCGCGGCAGCGCAGAGCGAGGAGGCCGAGGCGGGUAUGAGAGGAGGAGGCGCGCACCUCCGCGGGUUGGCGGACGACGCCCUGAAAGCCGCAACACCGUCGCUCUCGCUCUUGAGAGUUGCGUGGUUCGUGUGGGACGCGGGUCUUCAAUUCCUGGCGCAAACGGGAAGGCCUCUGCCGGACGCGGCGCUCAGCGCCUUCGUGUCCGCGACCGCUCUGUUUUCACGGCUGGCGGCGUGGCCGCCGGCGAUGCGCCUCGUGGCGGAGCUGACUGUCGCCGAGCAGGUCUACGGGCUGAGCGGGCCUGCGGCAGCUUUGGCAGUCAACGCCGCGACGCUGGCGGCGUCCGCGAGUGUGCGGGAGGUCCUGUCUCUGUUUCGGGGCGCAGGGGUGGCGGGCGCUGGCGACGCGCACGAGUUGGACGCCUUCCUCGACCGAAGCCGACACAGCGCCGCGGUCGCGCCCUUCGCGCUCCUGCCCAGGCUCUUCGCCCUCGCCUGCCUCGCGGGCCAGCAGCCGCAGCUGCGGUGCAUUCUUCCUGAGCUCCUCACAGGCCUGAGGCUUCUCUGGCCAAUGGACGCUGAGGACGGCGGUGUCUCGCCCUCGUCUUCGGCGCCUCGCGUCUGUCGCUCGCUUUUCUCGCGGCUGGGCGCGGAGGACUGCGAAGAGCCGCUCGUGUGCCGACUUCCGCCGCUGUUGCUGCAGCCACAGACGUCGGAUGUGUUGUCUGGGGACCUCGCGUCCGCGCCUGAGUCUGUACACACCUACUGGCAGCUGCUGAUGCUUUUCUCGGUGUUUCUGUCGUCGCGCGCCGCCGGGGAUGGCCGCGAGCUCCUCGAGCCGGAUGCGCAGAGGAUGCAGCGUUCUGCGCUGUUCACGCAGAUCUUUUCGGCGUAUUUCUCCGCUUCAUCUUCCUCCCUCUUGUCCCUCUCUCUCCCCGCGACCGCCGUCCCCGCUGCUUCGCUCGCGGCGCCGCAGUUCUUCUCCCCGGCGUUCCUGCGAGCCUCGACGCGCGCCGCGGGCACCCGAGAGGCCCGCGAGGCGUGCGGCGAGCUCCAACAGGCCCAGCCACUGCCUUUCUCACUCCGCAGCUUCCUGCAGACGCUCACGGAGGUGACGGAGGAGGAGAGGGACGCGGGCACGUAUCCGGUGCUGAGGAGCACGCUGCUGCUUCUUCUCCAUCUUCUGCAGCUCUGCCCGCCCUCGGCGCUGGCGCUCUCCUGGCAGCAGCACGCGGCCUUCAGUGCGGCGACGGUCGCGGAGAGCGCGCGGGAGCUGCUGGAGCGGGAGCGGGCGAGGAGCGAUAGCGUUGCGGCUGCCGAGGAAGCCGUGGAGCGCGAAGGCUGCGACGCGGCUCUGGAGGCGAAAAGAGGUGAGCAUCCGAUGUUCCUCGCCUUCCUCGCACCGUUCCGCGAGCUCGCGCGCAUGCAGUUCGGCGGCGCCCACGAGACCGAGGCCCAAACGGAGGCAGACCUCUCCACGGGCGCCGACGGCGUGAAGCGCGGACGUGACGGGGCAGACAGCCUCGAGGACAGCUACUGGGUCCUGCUGCCCACGCACUCCACGCCUCUCGGCUCGCAGAAGGGCGGCGGCGCCGGCGACUUGCAGAGUGCGCUGCGGGAAGGGGCUGACUCGUCUGCGGCGCACACACCGUCUCGAGAGGCCCGCGACGCCUUGGCGCGGCUGGCGGACUGCUCGCUGUCGCAGGGCGUGGCGACGUUUCUUGAGCGGCGGCAACUCGCGCAGCUCGAAGAGCAACGCGACACCUUCGGGGCCCUUUGCGAGUUCCUCUUCAGCUCCGUGUGGAGUCGCAUCGAGGGAUGCAGCUUCCUCCACUUCGCCGAGCGAGCUGAGCUCGUGGAGAUCCUCCUCGCCGCGACCACGGAGACACUCAGUCUUCUCCAGGGCGCCAAUCGCUUGCCAUCGAGCGAGGACGCCGACCCCGACCGCGAGGGCGAGGCGCCGACGAGAGACCGCGCCCUGCCUGGCGGCCUCGGAGCCGGCGAGCGCGCGGUGAAGAAGCGAAGGGGUGAUGAAAACGACGAAGUCGCGAGGGCGUGGACAGCCGCGCUGGAGCGAGAGGGGCUGAACCUCGAUAGCCUAAAAGAGCGGCUCCAGUCGAGCGAACAGGACGCCGCCGGAUCGGUUCAGGCGACCCUGACUGCAGACAGCGGUUUCUGGUCGCUCCGCGAGGCCGACUCGAUGGAAAACGAAGCCGUGGAAAGCAGAGGACGAAGAACCAGACUUCAAGUCCUCUUCUGGGAUAACCGCGGCGGCGUUUUCGCCAGACGCGCUGCCACUCUCGCUGUCUACGGACACGUCGAGCUGACUAACCGGCUGCUGGAGCAGCUCUCGGCGUCGAACUUUCUCUCGUCUCUGGCGGCGCUUCUCCGCUGUGACUCUCUCCUCGAGCUGUGUCCUCCGUAUGCGCGCGCGCAACCCCUGCCCGCCUCGUCUGCUCCGUUUCUCUUUGCGUUUGUGAACUCUGUUCUUCUCUCGCUGGCGUCGCUCGACUUCCACUCGCUCGCGUCCACGUCUUGGAUCACGCCGUUGGCGGCGCGGAUGCUGGGCGCGCCUCCGCUCCACCCGCCUGAGCGGCGUCUGCUGCGCACCUCGCGCCUGUCGCCGUGCUCAGGGCCUUCGGCCCCUCUGCUGCUGCUGCUGCCGGCCUCGUGUCGCGCGCCUGGAACCGCCGGGGGCGGCGAGCCGGUUGAGGGUCAGAGCACGUCUCGCGAAGUGCGGCCUGAGGGCCUGAGGCAGGGAGGUCGUUUUGAAGCUGAGCCACAGCCGCACGCGUGCGCGAUCUGCGGGUCGCUCAGCUCUCUCUUUGCCUUCUCGCCGCCCUCUUUUGCCUCUGGCAGUGUUGGGCCUCUGUCGCCUGCGGUGUCUCCGUGGACCUCGUCGGCCGCCUCGACGCGUCUCUCUCGCGUCUCCUCCCUCCCAAUGGUCUUUGUGCUGGCGUCGCCCGGCGUCUCCUCGCUGGCGGCGCCUGGGGAGCGCUACUCGCCCGCCUGGUCUCCAGGCCGCUGGAGCACGCACUGGGUCGGCGCGGCGCUGCGCGAAAGCGUCCCUUUCUGCCUCUCGGCGUCGGGCGCCGCGUCGCUGCUGACUUUCUUCUCGUUCCAGGCGGCGCUCCCCGGCUCCUCUUCCUCGCUCUCCUUGAGCACAAGUCCUGCGGUCCUACCGCCAGAGGCUGCGCUGUGCGCCUCGGCGGUGACGAGCCCAAACACAGAUCGCUCUCAGAACAUCGUUUGCCUCGUCGUUCAGGCCUUCCUCCACCUUUUCCUGGCUACCUGCGUCUCCCCGACCGGGUCGGCGCUCGGCCGCGGCGGGGGGGAGGGCGAGGGGGCGGGCGCCGUCUGCUCGCCGCUGGCGACGCUUGUCUCUGCGGCUGCGCGUCGCGCCGGGGCUGUCGAGCCGCCAGACGGCGGCCGAAAGCGCAAGAUGGCUGGCGCCCCUUUGGCGCCCGUCUCGGUGGCUGAGCCACUGCUGUCUCGGCUCCAGCGGCAGCUGAGCAGACUUGCGUUCUCUGCGUCAUCUGCCUUGCCGGAAGACGUGGGAGUCUCCGCGUCGCCCCUCUCGCCGUCGGUCCCCGACUUGCUGCCCUCCUACGCAGGGGACGCGCUCGCUGCGGCGCAGGACUACGACGCAUUCCUCGUCGCCGGCGUGCGCGCGGGUGCGUCGCUGCUCACCGCGCCUGGGGGGCACGCAGCGCUCUUCUGUCAAAGCCGCAGCAGGCAGCAGACGAAGGUGCUCGCCCCGGCGAACUUCGUGCAGUCUGUGUUUGCGCUGCUCGAGGGGUCGUCUCGCAUCAAAGUCGUCGCCGCCUCCCUCCUCAACAUCCUCACGGUGGCGUCGCUCGAGCUGCAGCGCAGCCAGGGACAGGAGGGCGAGACUUCGGCUGGGACGUCGGGGGAGUUCGAGGGCGCAGGCGCGGGCCUGAAGGGGCUGAGACGCGCCGACGUCCAUCGCGGACCCGAGACGCGACCCGCGCUGCCGGCUUCGUCGCGCUUCUGCUCCGCGUCGCCCUUCUCCGUCUGCCUCGCGUACGCCCCUCCCGAGCUCCAGAGCUUGCUGGAGAGGUGGAGGGACUUGGUGAGAGCGAAGGCGGGCGACAAAGAAGGCGCGACGGCCGCUGAAGGCCAGACGAAAGCCAGCGCCGCUGAGCGCUUGAGCAGAAGAAGGCAGAUUCGCUUCAUCGAUCUGCUCGUCCCGAGCGGCGUUCUCAGCAAAGGGCUGCGCGAGUUGUAUGUAAAGGAGCCGAUGAAGGAGUACCGGCUCCUUCUGCUUCAGCUGCUUCUGCUGCUGCUGGCGGGGGCCUCGGAGCGCGACAAAGACUCCUCCUCCCGCUUCUGCGCCCAGCAAGAGGAUCUCAUCUUCAUCGGCGGAGGCGGCGGCAGCUUGCAGGACGAGUGCGAGGGGAGCGACGGCGAAGCAGAGCCUCUCCUCUGGACGACUGUGAACUUCUCCCAGCAGAUUCUCCUGGACGUGCUCGCCGCGUCCUCACCCGCCGACAAGUCAAGCGCCUCGGGCCGAGGGGCAAUUGGCCCAAAGAGCGGCAAAGAGGGGGCGGCGUCUGGGAGGCUGGUCGAGUCGCUCGGGGACCUGAAACUCCUUCGCCUUGCGUUGCUCCUGCUCGAGCAACUCUGCUUUUCUUCUGGUGCUCAGGCGGUUCACCUUCAACUCCUGCAGCAGACCGUCUGCGGCGUGCGGAGAAUGAGCUCGCUGCGGAGAGACCGCCGCGAGGCGAACGCGGACGCGGCAGGCGGAGAGGAUUCUUUCGCUGGCGCCUCGGCGUUCGCUUCCGCGGCGAAGGGCGGCUCCCCGGCGAAAGGCGAGGACGACGCAACGAGCGCAGGCGGAUGGAAGCUGCUGCUCAGCGUCGCCUGCACCCUCCUCUCCACGUGGCAGAAGCUAGACUGGGCGCGAGCGCGUCUGUGGCUGGCGACGGCGAGCGGCGCAGCCGAGCGCAAAGCGCUGGCGCGGCCGGCGACCCAACACGCUACGCUUUCGUCUCAAGCCAGCCUUGGAGACCUGCCGCCGCUCGAGGCUGGAGGGCCCCCGCUUUGCUCUCGCCUGAUCACCAGCGCCGGCUUCGACCUUCCGCUCUACGCGCCCCUGGACGCGGCGCUGUCCCCUCUGCCACAGGCCUUCGCGGCGGCUACGGGGCGAGCCGCCAGUGGGGACUCGGCCGACGGGCCUCGCGGCGCGUUCUCGCGCCGCCCGAGCGGCAGCUUGCGUCUGUCGGGCGGCGUCUCGGUCGCGGGCUCGGGGGGCGCGGGCCUGAAGGCUAAGUGUGCGGGUCUAGGGCCUUCUGCGCAGGGCGGAGAACGCGGGGAGGAGGACGAAGCGGGUGCAUCCUCGGCCGUCUCCGCCCCGUUCUCGGGCUCUGUCGCGUCAUUCUUCUCCAGAGGCGGCGCCGGCGAGCCCGGCGGCAGCGGAUGCGCAGCGGCGGGCGCGUGUGCGCCGUCGCCAGCUGGCUGGGGAGGCGAGGAGGAGGAGGAGGAACUCGGUUUCUUGGCGAGUCUCGCGGCAAUCGAGCUCUGCGGGGCUUUCCAGGCGCUCUUCCGGAUCCUCGUCUCUCAGCUCCACGCGCUGCCGCUCUCGAUCCCUGUUGAAGCAAAACAGACGUCCAGCGGCGCGCACGCACCGGGUGACAAAAAGACGCGUUCCAUAGCUCACUUGUUCGUUGACCGGCCGCCAACGCUCGCCGACUACCGCGACUUUUUCAACUUGUUCUACUUCCUGUCAUCGGAGCCGAGCGUUCUUGCGGCGUUCUUCCCCGCGAAGGCGCAGGGGGCUGCAGGGGACUCUGACCCGCGGGCCUCGCAGGCCGCGUCUUCCUCGCUGGGCCUCGCGCCCCUUCCCGAGACGCAGCGUAGCCUCCUUCGGCUUCUGCUGUGGCUGCGGUCCCGGUCGAUCUCGCCUGCGUACCUGCAGCAGGCUCAGCCGAGGUCGCCGGCCUGUUCUGUCUCGUUCGUGCCUGCGCCGGGGGCGGGAAGUGGCACCGGCUGCUCGUCACCCCUGUCUCCUUCCGCGCAGGCGACGGCCGCGCUCCCCGUCCCCCCACCCACGGGACGACGCGCACGCGGUCUGCUGCGUGCGCCCGGCGAGCGAAGGAACAAUCUGGAGAAUUUUGCCGAUUUUUGGAUGCGCAAGCGGCUGUUGCGCCCGGCUCUCGAAGAGGGUGUCGGGGGCGAGGGCUGCGCGUUGCUUCAGGCCUUGUCGUCUCCGCUCCUCUCGGACGACCCGGCGCAGGGCGAGGAGGCCCGCAGCUGCGCAGACGGCGGCUCGCCGGUGCUACCUGUCUCGCUUGUGCGCGCCUGCGGCGUGUUGAGCAGCCCCGAGCAGUUUGGCGCAGGGUUCAUCUUUGACCGUCGCACCCUCGUGCUGCUCGCGACACACGUUGCCCUGCAGACUCUGCCUCUGGCGCACUUUUCCUCGUCGUCCGCGUCCUGCGGGGAGGAGAGCAGGCGAGCUUGUCGCGCCGAGCCGCUUCUUGGGGCAGCCUGCGACGCCGGAUGGAAGUCGAGCGGCCGCCGGAAGAGGAAGGAGGGCGGAAGCUCGCUCGCGGCGUACUUCCCGAGUUCGCUGGCGAGCCAAGCGUGGACGGCGGGCGUCUUCGCGAGUCGCGUGGGCGUCGGCGAGGCGCUUGCGGACGCGCAGCUCGCCCUUCUUUCGGCCUUUUUCCAGUUGCUCUGCGCAAGUCGAGAGAAGGCGAUCUUCCCCCUGUACUUCAUGCCCCGGAAGAAGACGCCGGCCGGCGUGACAAACAUGUUGGAGCCAGGCGAGGCCGCCCAAGGCGGCGAGCCAGAACGCGUCGGCAAAAACGUGUUGUCGCCCCUAGGCGACGCAGAGCCUCCUUUCCAAGCCGCCAUCUUCCCGGUGCUGUCGACCCUCGUGGACGUUUGUGAACAGGAGAAGGGCUUGGCUGCAGGGACCCCGUUCGGCGUUUACCUAUUCCGCAGUGCGUUCUUCCGCCUCCUCCUGGCGCUCUCGCUGCAGCUCGUCACGUGUAACUGGACGACGGAUCUUCGGGCCUCCUCUGCGGCGCCAAAGCUGCUCCUCGCGCGCGGGUCGCCGCUUGCGUCUGCGCUUGCGCCGGCACCUCCUGCGGACAAAGCCGCCGACAAGAGCCCUGCACUGUCGCCGCGGAGCGGCAGCCUGUUCGGGGCCUCCUGCCCCGCCGCGCCGCUGUCGCCGGUGCGACACCCAGAAGACCAUGAGGACUCCUCUUCGCCGUCGGAGCCGGCCGCACGCCGCUCAGUCGGCGAGGUUCUGAUCUCGUUGACGCCCUCGCAGGAGGGCACACAUGCGUCGUUUGGCAGCGGGGCGGCAGAGGGAGGCGGAGCCUCGUCGGGCUUCUCCUGCCGGGCCUCCGGGGCGCGGGGAGGGGGCGCGUGGAGCCGCUCGCCUUCUUUCUCGGCGCAGCCGGUUGUGGGCCGCGCAGAUAGAGACUACUUUUUCCAGCGAUUCUGCGUCAAAGUCGACGCGCUGUGCAGCGCGCCAGGUCGCGCGGGCGAUGGAGGCCGCACCGCCAUCCUCGCCCCCAUGUGGCAGAACGAGGCGCUGAAAGACGUCUCGAGGGAGAUUCUGCAUCCGCCGCUCGCCUCCCUCUCCACGCCGCUCUUCUGUUCGGGCACGCGCCGUGCGUGUUUCCCCAGCGCGGAGAUCCUGCGCAACGUCCUGCGGGCGGCCGAGGCCUUCGAGGGCGAGCAGGGCGACUGCGCAGGCGGCGCAGGCAAGACACGCAGAGAAGAAGGUGCGGCGCCGGGAGUGACGCGGAGACAGAGAGCCGCGGAACUGCUCUACAAGGUGCAAAAGUGCCUCCUCGCUGUGCUGCGCGAGAAAGUCGCCCAGGAGAGCGAACGAGGCUGGGGCGCUAGUGGGAAGCGCCUGCCGGCCCUGCACGACGGCUUCGCGGAGUAUGCAUAUGAAGGACGCCUGGCGGCGAGAGGCGGGUCAGGAGAGACGAAAGGCGUCACGCAGUUUCACUUGCCUGCGUUCUCGUCGCUCCUCUCCUUCUUUCCCCGUUCGGCUGCCUCCCGCGACCGGGGGGCCGCGGUCGGCGCCGCCCUGACGGGCCCCGGAACGUCUCGCCGAAGAGGCCUCUUCUCCUCGUUCUACCCCGCCGUCGAGGCCGCGCACCGCUCUGCGCUGCUCUUCUCAGCCCCGAUCGCGUCCUCUGCGCCAGAGCCACACGAAGCCUGCGAACAGGGGCGAAGCACUCCGUCGGCCUCCUCGCCCUCCGCCGCGGUCUUCCCUCCCACCCGUCAGGCGCCGGGGGCGGACGCGGGCGGGGGGCCUCGGGCGCCAGGGCAGGCCCCGGAGCGCGGCGAGGCGGCGCGCGAACCGCUGCCUUUCUUGGUUGCCGAGACGCGCCUUCGAGAGGAGUCGCGCGCCUGGACUGACGCGUUCGGACUGGCCAGGACCCCCCCCGAAGAGGCAGACUUUCUCGACAUGCUGGCGGCACUCGACGGCGUGAAAGUCUUCGCGGCCCUCUGGAGCUUCCUCUGCGUCUGCGGAGGAGAGACGGAGCAGGAGCUCGCGGGCGGCGCGUCGGCGCCGUCGUCGCGUCGUCAAAAGGGCACGGAAGGCGAAGCUGACGGGGCCCCGUCCCUCGCACGCGCGUCUCAGAGGGCAGAGCACGAGAGCGAAGAGAAAGCUGCUUCGUCCUCCCUCGCGGCCUUCUGGGCGGAGGCCCUCGAGACGCAGCUCGCAGGCCUCCUCAGCCAGGCGCACAGCGUGUGGGGACUGUUCACGCCGGCAGCGAGCCGCGCAGCCGCUGGCGCACUCACUGGGGGCGCGGCGCUGCAGCGAGACGAGUCGUUCGCGGACCUGUCUCCCGCGCUCCUGUCCUCCCCCCUGGCAGGCGGGGUGGUGUCUGCGUCGGGCGCGACGGCGGCGACGCGAAUUGCCUACCUGCUGGCGACGGCGCCGAGGACGCCUGCGCUUCUGCGCAUCUCGUCACUGCUGUACCUGAGCCUGCCUCGGCUCUUCCUCAACGCCUGCGUCAGCCUUCUGGAUUCCUCGGCGGCCGCGGUCUACGCGGCGCGGCGGCAAGCGGCGCGCGGCGCGGCCGCGGGCGCGGGCGACCGCGAAGGCGCCCCAGGCUCGCAGCUCGUCUCGUUGUCGCUCUCGGAGAUCUUUAGGCCCCAGGGCGAGACUGGGAGCCAGCGGCCGAGCAGCUUGCUGGGCGUGGGGGUCGUGGAGCGGCGGGACAGAAGCCUCAGCUCGGGGGAGACAGAAGACGAGGAAAGGAGACUGUCGCGGAGCGAGGGGCAGGACACGUCAGCGUCGGCAGCCGCGAUGCCUCUGCUGCUCCAUCCAAACCUCUUUACGCCUCGCAUCUCCGAAGACUCUGCUUACUUGGGGCAGGGACGGAGUGAUGUACAGCUCGAGGGCGCCGCGGCGGGGCGAGCCUGCGACGACGACCGCGCGGCCACGCUCGCGCCCUUUGAUCCCGUCGUGGCGCAUGUGCUGCAGAAAGCCCUCGAGCGUCUCCCUCUGUCUGGAGAGGCUGGAGGCCGCUGCGAGUCAGAUGAAGGAGCGAGGGAGGAGUUCGGGGGAGUGGCGAACGGGCGCAGAGAUUUGAGCUGCGGAGGAAGAGACAUUUCCUCGUGCUUUGCUGCCCCGCUGGCCGCCUUUCUCCAGCUGCCUCUCCUCGCCUUCCUGCCGCCUGCAGUCCGCAGCUUGUCGGCGCAGAUUCAACAGCAGGCGACGCUGCUCAACUCGCGCUUCCCGGCAGUGGCGCCGACGACGACCCGCGAACUCUGGGCCGCCCAGCAGCUGCUUCUGCUUCAUCAGCCACUCCCUCGCGUCCUCUCUUUUUCGGCGUCCCUCCUGCCUGGGGCGCUGGGCGCGGAUGCCUGCGGCGCGCGCGGAGCGGAGGCCGAGGCGAAGAAGCAGGAAGAAGCCUUGUUUUCGCCGAAGCUCUCCCUGCUGCUGCAGCAUCCGAACUUCCUCGUGGAGGAAGUCGCGUCGCGGACGCUCUCGUCCUUCGUCGCCUUCUUCGCCCUCCUGGUGCAGUCCGGCGUCGCUCCUCGACGCGCCGGCGGCGCCGCGGGGCUCUUCAGCCGCACAGCCGCACUCGAGGCGCCGCUCCUCGACGCAGGCCUCGGCCGCUGCACUUUGGCUGGGGGCGACGAACGACGCGCGACCGCCGGCCUGCACUUCUUUUCCGCAGAAGGCGACGAAUCCGCGAAGGCGAAAUCUGCGUUCCUGUCUCAAGCCGCGCCUCCCGCGUCUUCGUUAUCUCCUGCGCCUUCGCAGGCCCCUUCGAACUGGCAAGACGCGCGGAGUCUGUCCCUCCCUGAGGCGCUACUGGAUGCCGACUUUUUCCUCUCGCUGGUGAUGCUGCCGUCGUUUCAGAGCUACCUGCAGCCUGUGCGCAAGCCUGCGAUGCCGCCGCUGCCCCCAUCGCACGUCGCGCGCAGGAGCCCCGAGGCCGACCUGUCAGGCUCUGCGCCGUGGGUGCCUGCGUACGAACUUUUGCUUCUCCCGGCGGCUGCUAACGGGCAGAGAGGACAGGAAGGCGACGCGGCGGUCUUGGGCGGGGAAGCGCGCGUCGCGAACGCCACGGAUGCCGCAUCCGCGGCGCUGGUGCAGGUCAGGCGGGCGCCGUCGCAUCUGCUCUUCUGCAGGAUGCUGGGGCUCCUCGCCCUGGGCCUCCACCAGUUGCCGGAGUCGUCUCGCGCCCGAGUCUCCUGCGCGGAGAGCCGAGGAGGGGGAGGAGGUGGCCUGCGGGGAAGGCCAACGUGGGCGCAGGCGGAGCCUCAGGCCGGCAGGGCGAAGGAACGCGUCGCGGCGCUUCUCCGCGUUUUGCAGCUGCUUGAGCGACGCAUGCAAUUCGUUUUGGGGCCCCGCGGCUUUGUGCGGGCCUCUCAACUCGCGCUGCUGGAAGAGGGGACGCUCUACGCGCAGCUCCUCACGCUCCUGCCCCCGUGGAGCGCGAUGGAUGCCGACCAACAGCAAUUCGUCUGGCGGUGGUUUAGUCUCUUGCGCGACUUUGCGCUCUCUCUGUGCCGAGGCCUUUUGCUGUCUCUGGUUGACGGUGUGCCGGUCCUCCGCCCCGUCUCUGUGUUGGAGCGUUUGGGCGCUCAGCCUCCUCUCAGAGCUUCGUCCGCUGCUUGCGGCGCAGCCUCGUCGGCGGACGUGUCUCUCUCCGCGCUGGUUUAUUCCUCGCUGGCUGCGGGAGUGCCGGGUCUCCGCUCGGCGAUGCGCGUGCGCCUCGGCGAGGCCGGUUACGAGGCGAUCGCCCGCGGCGCGGCGCGAGCGGCGACUGGAGGGCAGAGACAAACUUUGUGGGAGAGCCUCUGGGGCGGCGCAGACGAGAAGGAGCAAGGCGAACGGGCCCCCGUCGCCGUUCCCUCGACCUUCCACCAGCGUGGCAUCUUCCUCAUGCUCGAGGUCUGCAACAGCGCCGUCUCGGCGUUCUCCAAGUUCGGUUUCCUGCUUCCUCUGGAUCACACCUUCCCGCCGCCCGCCUCCUUCUUUCUCCCCGGGUGUGCCUGCUGCCCGCCCUCGCCGUCCUCCUGCGACUGCUCCUCAGGCGGACGCUUCGGGGGCGCGGACACCUCGCACUGGUGCCGCCGCGUGCGCGCCAUCUCGCCGAAGCGCUACCGUGAGUUGAUCACGUCUCUGUUUUCCUGUGCGCCUGCGGCGCCCGCUGGCGGCGAGAGCGCGAGGGAGAAGAGUCACGGCAACCGCUGCGCGAGGCGAAGGCACGGCAAGAAGAACGAGCGCGCGAGGAGCGAGGGGUGCGCGUCCCGGUCGCCUUCGCCGGUGCCGUCGCUUGCGCACGAGGGGAAUCCGCGCGACAGAGACGCCGUGAGGCUCGCUUCCCCGCUUGGAGAAGACACGCUGAAGCUCUCUGAGGACAGCGAGCGAAGGCCCCAGCGCGGCGCGGCGUUCGCGGCGCCGGCGGACACAGACAUUCCUCGCGCUGGCGGAUGCGAGGGAGGCGCCGGCAAGAAUGCAGCGGAGGUCGACGCAGAACUCACAGAGGGACGCGGAAGAGGCGAGGCAGGCCGCACCCGGCGAAGCUUCCUCCCCCCGGCACAAGAAAUUGCGCAAACGCUGGGAGUUUUUGUGGAUAUCGCGAAGGCGCUGACCAAGAUCCUCGACGAGCUUGCGCGAGAGGAUCGAACACUGCCGCUUGCGAUCCUGACUACCCGCGACCGGCGGUAUCUGCCGCUCUCUCUCUUCCUGCGCUGCGAGGGCCCGUAUAUGAACAGUUUGUCUUCGCUCGCUUCGCCGAGACCUUCACAGCGCCAGGCCUCGGCAGAUCAGCCGUCUGUCCUCUGGGCGAGUUGGGCGCGCAGUCCCACGCCUGGCUCGGUGUCGCCUUCGCACAGCAGCGUGUGCGGCGCUGGGCGCGCAGCGAGCGUUGUGAGCUUGACGCCGACAGCGAGCGGCGUCGGAUUCGAGUCCUCGACGCGCGACGGGGAGGGGGCGAGAGACGCCUCCGGCAGAGGCUGCGCGCGAGGGAGAGACGACGCUUCAGUUCUCUCCUUCCACCGCGGCACGAGCGCAGAUCGGCAGGGCGGAGGGGCGCUUUCCGCCGUGUCCUUCGCAGGCAGGCAGCGUGCCGAGCAGCGCCGGAGUCUGCAUCGGCGCCGGCGCGGGUCUCCCACCGUCACCGCCUGUCGCCUCGCACGCGUCGCGGAUCGCGGGGCUGUGAGCGGUCUUUUCUGCAGGGAGAGGGGCGCACCCGAAAGCAGCGUUUCGCUGCUGGGCAUCGGCGAAGAAGACCAAGAACUCGAGGUCGUCUGCCCCGAGCUGCUCCAGCACGAGGCGCUGUGGGAGCGUCUGCGCGACACUGUCGAAAAGGCGAUGACGGCAGGCACAGCAAUCAUCAAUGCGUUUGUGGCGCAGAACAUUUUAAGACAUUACGCGGAUGCAGCCAAGCAAUUUCUUCCUCUUCUGAUCCAUUUGGGCGCGGCGUCCAGCCAUCAGUCUUCGUCGUCUCUCACAGUCUCUACUUCUUCUCUUAUCCCCCCCGGUGCGGCGCACCUUCUUCGUCCGUCGAGUGCAGGGGAUUCUCGGAGCGAAGCAACCGUUUCCAGAGACGAUUCAGGGGCCACGAGUCGGGACUUCUACGCAACGCUUCUACAGUAUCUGCUCAAGCGCUAUGCUGUUGAAGAAAGAGUUUUUGAAGCCUCGAGAGGUGUCUGUUUCCCCGCGGUUCUCGACCUUCACGAAGACGCCGACGUCCGCAGAAAAGAGGAGGGUGGAGCGACCUUGCGUUAA